ACUGUCCAUCUGUGGCAUUCCUAGGUAACCUUGAUUAUCAUCACCUAUUCAUCAAUACACUUGUUAUUGUUCAUCCACUUGAGUAGUUGACAAGUUCUCUUGAUUAUACUUGCAUCAUAUAUAUCAAUAUACAUACACAGUAUCUCACAAAGGGUGGUCUUAAUAUUGAACUAUUCUAUCCAUUCGGAUGAGAUCUGUUUACCUUGGAAAAGAGAAAGUGAUGAAAGAUUAUGUCAUAUUAUCAUCGUCAUAAAAGAUGUUAACCGAAUGUUGACUAUCAGACGCAUCAUGGAUCAUCUGCCUGUAAUUACCGUGGACAAUGGUCUGAAUAAUGGAGAUCAAUCUUCUCGGUUUUUUCUUUGUUCAUCGUUAUGCAAAUUUCAAUUGCGCGUACCAUCAAUUUACAUUUCAACACAUUUAUAAGUUCAUUGGGGAUGUCUGUUAUCAAUUGUGAAAGGAAAACUAAUUCAGUUGAGAAUAACGCCUGCUAUUCGUUCAUAUCUUUCUUUUUUUGUCUAUACUUCUAUGAAUGUUUGAUGAGUUUUAUAUAUUACAUAUAAAAUAAAUCAAGGAUAAAAUUUGCUUUAAGCAUCAAUGAUUAUCUUUUACAAUACUAUAGAAUAUAUAGUUUUUUGUUUUGUUUUGUACUCUUAGGCGAAAAUAAAACAAUAAUUACAGCAUUACGUUCUAAUGUAACAGUAACCAGUGGUCAAAAAGCAAUUUUAAUAUGUAUGUUUGAUAGUAUAAAUCAAGAUUUAUUACUUUUAUCAUCACAUCAAUUAAUAUGGAUUCGACAAAGUCAUGCAUCUUAUGAUGCUGAUUUAAUUUUAGCACAUAAUCAAGAUUUAUUAAUAUCAGAUGAUCGUUUAAAUAUUCAACGUACUCAUAUUGAUUAUACAUUAACAAUAACUAAUGUUAAAAUUGAUGAUGAAGGAACUUAUGUAUGUGAAGUAAAUACACAACCACCAAAGAAAGCAAUUAUUUAUUUAUGUGUUCAAGUUAAGCUUCAUGCUCGAAUUGAGAUGAUCAAUAAAGAAAUAGUUCGAUUUAUCCUGAUUGUUUAUACUAAACAUAAAAAAUAA